AUGUACAAGAAGAACAGCAUCCUCGAUCGCAAGAUCACGGCGCCGUCCAUGAGGAACCGCGCCAACGCGGACGCCGAGUGGGAGGCUCAACAGCGAGCGGACGCGAUCAAAUUCGCGCGCAUCCGCGCGAACGCCGCGCGCGCGGGCGCGUCCGCGGAGUUCGACUGGCGCGACCCGGACCACAUGCAGAGCACGACGUACGACAAGACGCACCGCCUGCAGACCGUCGUCAGCGAUAAAGGGCUCGUGACGAUCCCGUGCGCGAACGUGGACAUUCCCAGCGGCGUGCGGAAGAUUCCGGCGCCGUGGGAGCGCGCGGAGAAUUACGUCGAGAGCGAGCUCCUGAGCGAGGUGCCCACGUCGCCGAUGUCGCCGACGUCGCACGGCGCGUUCUCGCCGUCCAGCGCGAGAGAUUCGCACGGGUCGCCGAAGCCGCUGUACCGCGAUCACGCGCGGAUGGUCGCGGAGGACGACCCGAGCGAUCAUCACACGGAGCUCAGGCGCGUUCUAUUCUACACACUCUGCUGGCGGUGCGACCCGCCGAGGCUGCUGUCUGGCGAGUACGACCCGAUUCGGCACGAGUGGACGUCGCCGCCGAAGGACGCGGAGUGUCUGGAUCGCGAGGCGCUGCCGCACGGGCACCGGAGCUUGCACAACCACUACCGGCCGUGA